CGUGCUAGAGCAGAUGCCGGUCUCGCCUACGCCCCAAAAUAUUCUAGCGGUCCCCGGUUGGACUUCUUCUCCCUUCCAAACAGGCGGCUGAAGGCCGCGUCCGUCCCCGAGUUAGAAAGACCAAUAUGAAUUCAAGUACCGAGAGCUACUACUUUUCAGCAAUUCCCCUCCCUGCCGAAUUAUUAAAAUAGUGGCAUAAAUUUGUCUUAAAGCAUAAACUCCCCACAAACAAAGAAACAACCAUGUCUCGAUUCUUCGUCUUGGCCCUCGUCCUCAUCCUCACCGCAGCACUCUCCUCCGCCUGCAACCAACAGGACCUAACCGCCCUCCUCGCCAUCAAGAGCUCCUUCCCUCCGAACUCCUUGCCCAAUUCAUGGACAGCCUCAAUCGACUGCUGCGCUUGGGACUACAUCGAAUGCGACGACACAACCGGCCGAGUCAUCACUCUCUCAAUCUCCGACAACAAGUACAUCAAAGGCUCAAUCCCUUCAUCAGUCACCAAACUCUCCGCUCUCCAGACCCUUAGCUUCAGCAACCUCCCGGGUCUCUCGGGCUCCAUCCCAACCUUCAUCGCUCAACUCCCCACUCUCAGUUCCAUCCAGUUCAGCCAACUCCCUGGACUCACCGGCCAAAUCCCAUCCCAGCUCUCCAAGUUAACUGGCCUCCAGUUCUUUACUAUAUACAAGACCAAACUCUCUGGCCCUAUUCCUUCUUUUCUUUCUGCCUUCACUGGCCUCAAAGAGCUUGAAAUCGCUGGAAACAGCUUUGUCGGUACAAUACCGUCAUCGAUAGGAAAUCUUGUUAACCUGACUUCAAUUGAUUUGUCAAGCAACCAACUUACAGGAGCCAUACCAGAUUCUCUCUUCAGCAAACUUAGAGGAUCGUUGGCGGACCUUGAUCUUUCUGGUAAUACACUGAAAGGUCCGAUCCCUAAAUCCUUCGCAAAUAUUGAUUUCACUAACAUCAAUCUGGGGAGUAAUCAGCUCGAUGGCGAUGCUUCGUUUUUGUUCGGCGAGUCAAAGACGGUGAACCAGAUAAUACUGUCGAAAAAUAAGUUCGCGUUCGAUUUAACUAAUGUGAAGUAUUCCCAGAAUCUGCAGUAUUUGGAUAUGAGCCAUAAUAAAAUUUUUGGGAGUAUAUCGAACGAGAUCACAAACUUGACGAAUCUUGGAUACUUGGAUGUGAGUUAUAAUGAAUUGUGCGGGAGGAUUCCAAGCGGGGGUAGUUUUCGUCAGUUUGAUGCGAUGUUCUUCGCCAAUAAUAAGUGUCUCUGUGGAGCGCCGCUGCCUCCGUGCAAGUAAACGCAAAUUGGGUUUUAGUGAAUAAGUUGCGCGUCCUGAUAAUUUCUCUGAAGUGUAUUGAUGAAUAGGAGAAAAUUGCUGGUUACCCAAUAAUGAUAUAUGCUAUGGUUUGAAAU